AUGACUGGGGAAGAUCGUUCUUCUGUUGGAACUGCUAGUCUUCACACUUCUUCGUUCAACGUCAGUCCAAUGAAUAUAUUGAUGCAGAAAAUGGAUGGUAUUGCUACUCUAUUAAAUAAUUUACCAAAUUCUAAUCGAGUGAUCAUGCACGGUGAAGUAGUUCAACUGGACAGCGAUAGCAUGAAACCACAACACAAUGUUAUGCUUAUUUUGUUAUCAGAUCGACUACUCAUUGGUCAACCAUCUUCAGGGAAGUAUCGUUUUCAGUUGGAAUCUUCACAUCCAUUGAAUAAUAUAGCAGCUGUUAAUAUCAAGGGUAGAGAAAAUGGCGAAACUGCGACCAGCAUGUUUAAGCUCUUAAUUUUUCCAGGACAAAGGGUUUUUCUCGCUGAAAGUGCCCGAAUUAAAAAAGAAUGGUUGGACUGCAUCGAGAACGCCAAAAGAGAACUCCUUCAUGAGGGAUCAUUGGUACGUCAAGCAACAAUUCGUGGAAAACGUCGACAAGACUUGUCAGCGAAAGUAGAAGUAUCUAACCAACUUGUGCCCGUUGCGGAAUCGGCUAUUGUUAAAUCACCUGAUGAAAGUGCGUGGCUUAAUGAAUUACCUGCAGAAUUGGACGACUGCAUUGCUCAUCGAGAUAUGGAGCACGCGGUAGAGUUGAUAACGGAAUGGAGAAGUUGUAAUACAAGAGAAGCAGCAAUCGAUGCGCAACUAACACUUCGUGAAACUCAGAUUGUGCAAUUACUAAGCGAAGAGGCAAGUGACAGUGAAACCUUUCAAAUCCUUUCGGAAAAGUUGGUUCGUCGUCCAGGUGCUCUACAUGGUGGUCCUCGAGCUGUUAAGAAAGCAAUCAAUCUUCUGACGAUGCUUGGCCGAGCAUCACAAGCAGUUGAUCUUUACUUGAGAAAAAGGAGUACUGUGUUACGAGCAACUACUCGAGAAUUGACAAUGAGCGAAGAACCAUUGUCGUAUGUACGGCAGUUAUCACAACAGUUUCUGGAUGUUAUAUCAGACGUUGUAAAGGAAUUCUUGAUGCAACCUGGACACUUUUCUCUUAUAUUGCAUUGGUGUUCCGCAGAAUUGAGUGUUAUGCUCUCUUUAAUACGAAGACAUGUUAUCGAGGUAGCACCAACAAUGGCAGUACUUGCACAUACCUGGCGAAUAUUGAUGGUACAUUGCGAUAAUUUAAUUGCAGUUGGUGUUGAUUUAUCUUUUGAAGUGCAUCGUCUGCUUGCACCAUCACUUAAGAUUGCAGUUGAAACAAAUUUUACCAAUAUAAUCGAAUCAAUUCGUCUUCGAGUUUCAGAAGAACGUUGGAGAGCAUACAAUAUGGAAAGUGAAUCGAACGUAAACCGCUUCAUAGAGGAAAUGUCAGAUAUGGGACUCACAGUUGAUUGGGCAUUGUCUACCACGCAGCGUUCUUCUAUCAAUAUAACCCAGAAUGCUUGUCAUUUUUCCCGAGUUGCCUAUGUGCUGGCUCGCGAUCUUGCAAUGAUAAGAUCUUCAUAUUUGCGCUGUCUUACUGACUCAUUCAUGGUGAAACUUUGGAGUGAAUAUUUGAAUCAUUUGAAAACUGCGCCGCAAUCAUCUUUGCAACAGUAUACAUCAAUAUUCAUCAUUUCUCAGUUAUUACCUCUCUGUGAUGCGAUCUACGAUGAAUCUGGACCAGGAAUAUUGUCCGAACUUUUAGAAACAAAAUUCGAGAGUCUGUUACGGUAUCGAGAAAAUUUCCCCACUAAUGAAGAAAACGUGGCGCAUAUUUAG